GCCACUGUAAGAUUAAACACUUGAGAGAUUCAUAUUCCUGGUCUUACUAUGAACUAUGAUGUGAUGUUCAGAUAAAAGGUUUAGGUAGUAGCCAACCUUAACAAAUGAAAAGAAGUUAGCAAUUGAUAAAACUCACAGGUGCAUCAACUUGCUCUACCUACCCACCUUAUUUUCGGCCUUGUCAGGAACAAAGGGUCUAAAUAAAUAGCCUUACAUAACGACUCUAAUUAACUCACCCUUUUUGUAAAAACCUCUCUCAGAGUUUGCUCACCCCUACUCUUCUUCCAGUCUCUAUCUCAAUCUCCAUCAAAUUUAACUAUGGCUACUGAAGAGGUUUUGGUUGAUGAAAUCACUUACCCUACCAAGAUCACUACUACCAAGCCCCUAUCUUUGCUUGGCCAUGGAAUCACCGACAUGGAGAUUCACUUCAUCCAUGUGAAAUUCUAUUCAAUCGGGGUUUAUUUGGAGCCAGAAGUAGUAGGCCACUUGGACCAGUUCAAAGGAAAAUCUGCAAAGGAGCUGGAAGAUAAUGAAGAGUUCUUCAAUGCUCUCAUUUCUGCCCCGGUGGAGAAGUUUAUUAGACUUGUGGUGAUCAAAGAGAUCAAGGGUGCACAGUAUGGGGUUCAGAUUGAGACUGCGGUGAGGGAUAGGUUGGCAGCUGAGGACAAAUAUGAGGAGGAAGAAGAAGAAGCUUUGGAAAAAGUUAUUGAAUUUUUCCAGUCCAAGUACUUCAAGAAACUUUCAGUGAUCACAUACCAUUUCCCAGCAAAUUCUGCCACUGCUGAGAUUGUGGUAUCUUUGGAGGGGAAAGAAGACUCCAAGUAUGUGAUAGAGAAUGCCAAUGUGGUAGAGGCCAUCAAGAAAUGGUACCUUGGUGGCUCAAGUGCGGUUUCUUCCUCAACCAUUCAAUCUCUGGCUAGCACUUUCUCGCAGGAGUUGUCCAAGUGAACAUAACUUUGUAUGGUGUAAUAAUCUUGGGGUCUGUGUUUUGUGUUGCUAAGUUGCAGUAAUUGGAAUUUUUCUCCACACAAUGUUUUGCGGAUUUCUGCUUUUGAACUUUUCGGAAUAAUGUUAAUCUUGUGACUUGCCAAAUUCUUAAGUGCUCUUUGUAUGGUUAUUCUUCAUGCUGUUGGAACACAUACAUAAUAAAUCAACGCCCACACUACAAGUUUGAGUUUUUUA